AGCGAGGGAGUUGUGUUCGUGCCAUGCAGGGGAUUUAAAGACAAUGAUGAAGGACCAAAGUGGAGAAAUAUCUAUUAAUUUCUGCCCGAGAUGGAAUCAAGAGUAAAGGGAUAAACUCCUCACUGAAGCAAAAGGACAAGGAAGAUUGUUUGCUGUUUUUUUUCUGGUGAGUAAAAGAAUUUAUUUAAUGAGAUUCAUUUCAGUUCGAUUAAUUAGUUUGAUUUUAAUGAUGCGGAACAAAUGCGCAUGUCUGGACUAGAACUUUGAUUAUGAUGUCCGAUUUUUUAGUUUAUUCAGCUUGAAUUAUCUGUUAACAGAAACUAUAUUUGUCUUAUUAAAAAAAGUCACAUUUAGAGAUAACAUUCCCCUGUUUUAGACGCGAAUAUUUACCAAUUUAUUAUUAUGUAACAUUUACUAACAGUAAUUUUAAAGCACUUUAACAUGAACUUAUUUGUAAUCUUGCUGUAUUUGUGGACACAGAGUCUUUCCCUCUGCGCCACCAGACAACAUGCCCGUCCUGGACCAAGAGCCCUCCAAAGAUUCAGGAGGAGGAGAUGUAAAUAUCAUUAUAUAAUUUACCUCUGUUACUUUCUUUUUCAACAAGAAUGUGGAAAUAUAAAUAUUGUUUAAGAAAUGUUAGGGAGAAUAAUAAAACAUUAAUUUCAAUGAUAUGAUUAAAGUCACUCUUGAAUCAUCAAAAGAUAACACACCAAUAUUGUUGAAUCAAUUCUUGUCCUGUUUAAAGUCAAUUAAAACAUUUUUGUCCUUGUUUUUAUUACGUUUUUCCAUUUGAGUUACUAGUGUUUUAAUGUAUUUUCUUGGUGAACUGAUGCAAUCAAUAUAAGUUUUUGCAGUGAUAUGUAGUGAGUGAUUUCAUGGGGGGCAAAUUGGAUUAGAUUUUCUCAUCUCACAUGCUGUUCAGGGACUCCCUAAGCUGCCACUCCCAGCCCUGAAAGACACCCUGGACAUGUACCUGAGGUGUAUGAAGCACCUGCUCACAGAGGAACAGUUCAAAAAGACCCAAAAAGUCGUGGAGCAGUUUGGAGCCCCCGGAGGAGUGGGGGAGCAACUGCAGAGCAAACUGGAGGAGAGGAGGAAAAAUAAGGCUAACUGGGUAAAUAUGAAUCAAAGUGUGUGAUUUCUUACCGCAAAGUAAACUGAUUUCAGCUUUUACCACAAAGCAUUUAGACCUUUUACAUGACUUUUUACAUCAACGCAUAUGUGAACAAACAGUCUUAUUAAAACUUAGAAGAGUCCAUGAAUCAUUAUCAAUCAAUUCCAGUGAGAGUUGACGUCCAUCUUUGAUUUUUCUUUGACAUAUUUCCUUUCGCAGGUGUACGAAUACUGGCUGAAUGACAUGUACCUGAACAACAGAUUAGCUCUACCUAUCAACUCCAGUCCUGUGAUGGUUUUCCCACAGCAGAACUUCAAGGCUCCCAUAGACUCUCUAAGGUGUGAGGACAGACUCUCUACAGGAACAUAUAACAACAUAACACAGAGGAAUUCACCACUUCAAAUGAUUCUUAUGGUUUUGUUACAGCUUGAUAACUAGAAAAAUGACAGUGAAGUAUUUAAAUUACUCAGAGUUCAGCUUUGACGAAUUGUAACAAAUUAAACACUUCCUCGCUACACUGUGACUGAUGGGGUUAUUACCCAGAGUACCUUGAGGGGGUGAGGGGCCAGGCCAUGCCGCUGGUGGCAAGGUUAAUAGACAAUGAAGGUUGAGCUUUGGUUAACACGGUAUUGAUCCUGCACUGCUCUCUUAACCAGGUGAUUUACAUCUUGUAUUUAUAAGGUUAAGUGUAAUACAGCGACACCGAGAUACGGGAAGCUAAAACUGUAAAUACAGAAGUACACAGUGUGGUAAAUGUGUGUAUAUUUCUAUGAGUAUUUGACAGUGUAAUGUUUGUCUUUUUUAGGUUUGCUGCACACUUAAUUUCUGGUGUUCUGGAGUACAAGACUCUUCUUGAUGCGUAAGUUAUCGUUCAAUAGUAGAAAAUAAACCAGGACUUCAUGAUCUUAAUGGGUAACACUUUAGUUAAGUGCCUGACAGCAUGUAUAUGUGUGUGUGUGUUUGUGUGUAGACGUGCCCUGCCGAUGGACUACGCCCGGGGUCAGCUGGCCGGGACCCCUCUCUGCAUGGAGCAGUACUAUCGCCUCUUCACUUCCUACCGUCUACCGGGGCCUGAGAGGGACACACUCGUAGCUCAGGAGAGCAGUGUGAUGCCAGAACCUGAACACAUCAUCGUGGCUUGUAAAAACCAGGUUAGAUACACAAACGUAAAUCUAGUAUUUAGGAUCACCAGCUUGAUUUCAACAAACUUUGGCGAGAGCAUCUUAAACCAACUUCCUGCCAUUUUGAAGGCUUACUGGUGACUAAAAGAUUGAGAAAAGUUAUCAGUAGAGAAAAGGUUUAUACAUAAUCUUGUAGGUUUAGUUUGCAUAUGUGUAAAAGCUCCAAACAAGUCCAUCAGAACCUCUCAUGACACAAGUCUGACAGAAAGAGACUCCACAAAAAGUCCACUGGGUAUAUUUUCGGGGGGAUUUCAACCAUAUGACACGUUGUCUGACGACAUUGAAAAUUAGGAACUAAGCUUGAGCAGAUAACAAGAGCUACAAAUAGAUCCAGAAUAAACCUCCUCAUGAUAGACAGAGAACAAUAGUUACAGCGACAGUUUCACUUAAUUACAGUGACAGCUAGACUACACAUCGUGUUUGUGUUACAGCACAACAUAUGGAUCAUCACUGACUUGUAUCUACAGCUUAUGUAAACAGACUCUGACGGCAUUAUGCAAACACAUCUUCAAAUGAGAGAAAACAGCCACAGCCUGCUGAUGAUGUCUCUCCUUUAAAAUAUUCAUCUUAACGUGACAGUUGUGCAAUAAACUUUCAGUAUAGUAACUUGCAACUCCGCAGAAAAGAUGCUUAUGACCAUUUAGUCUUUCAAUUAGACCAAUGGUGAGCCAGUGUUGUCGCUCUAGCCAUAUGAAAAUAAGAGCCUACUAAUGAGUCCCUCUAGAAAGAGAGCAGAUUCAGAUGUAUUCAGGCACAGUCGAGCUCUAGGAUUACCUUUGUAGGAUAAACACCAUCCAGACUGGGUGCAAUGAAAAUUAAUAUCAUUCCUAUCAACUUUUGGCUCUUAAUAAAAUCACAGCAAACAAAGAUCACAGAGAUUCUGCUAUAGUAAACCGAAGUCAAACAGCACAUGGCUCACAGGCAGAGAAAAGAACAAGUUAUUCUGAUAAUUAAGGAAGAAAAAAACAAGUAUCUGUGGUAAUAACCCACCGCAGUUCACAGGGAGUAUUAUCGCUGAUCUCUUAUCUAUUAUUUGAUACAGUGAUGAGAGUUAUCACUUUGAGUUUUUCCUUUAAACGAAUCAGUUUCAAUCAAGCUGACAUUUUUGUGUUUUACUCAAAAUUUUUUCUAAACUUCUUCUUCUUUAGUCUGACCCUUUAAUUGUUUGCUCUGUUUUCUUCCUGAGUUCUUGUCUUUGUCUUAAAGCACUGUGUGAAUUAUCUAUUUUAACGUGCCAAGCAGGCAAAGUUAUUAUCAAUGUGUAAAUAAAAAAAUAAAAAAACUUCUUCUGGUGUCCACUUGAGGCAGACUCCAGUAUCCAAACAGUCAGCGCUUCGAUUAAAGUUAUUAUCUAUAAAAAGUGGUUUUAGUCUGUAUACCGAAUUUUUCUAUUUAUAACAACUGUGCUUGGGUUUAUUUAAACUUAUUUUCAGUACCAUUUCAAAGCUGACAUACUUGGUACUGAUUUCACUUCAGUUCCACCACUUUGCUAGUUUGCUAGCCUAGCUGAAGGUCCGUUGGAGUCAGGAUUUUUUACAUAUAUUAGAAUAGGUAUUGCCACUGAGACUACAUGUCCAUAUCUAUGAUUACAUAGUCAAUAGAAACUAAUGGCAUUUUAAUUAAAAACAAAAAAAAAAAACGUCAUACUUUGUUUGAAGAUGCUUUUGUUUUGCUCUGUAGAAAUUUGAAAAAUCAGACUCAGGCAGUGACGAUCCUAAAUCUGCUACUUUUUGACUCUAAUAUCAUUACAGAUAGAAAUUCUGGUCACAAAUUGUUAAAUCAGACUGAAAUCAUGAUAAACAUAAGGAUUAAACUUUACAGCUAUAUUUCCAUGUAUGGGUGUAGAGUGGAUUCCUUGCUAAUCUAAGUGUAAAAUCUUAGAAAUGAAUAAAGUCAAAGGGCUUGAUAUCUGGUUUGACCCUCUGUGUAGUUUUUUGUACUGGACGUGGUCAUCAACUUCCGCCGACUGAAUGAAAGAGACCUGUUAACUCAGCUGGAAAGGAUCUGGAAGAUGGCUGAGAAUGAGGAAGAGCGGCUCCCACCCAUUGGUCUGCUCACUUCAGACGGACGCACAGAGUGGGCAGAGUCCCGCAGUGUGCUCAUGAGAGGUGUGUUUAAGGCUUCUUACUACAAACAUCUAAGUUUAUCACACCAAACAGACUUUUUCAAACGUUUAUUUCUGCUAUAGAGUCUACUAACAGGGACUCUCUGGACAUGAUCGAGCGCUGUAUGUGCCUGGUCUGUCUGGAUGAGGCCACGGGACCAGAGCUGAGUGACACCACACGAGCCAUGCUGAUGCUGCACGGUGGAGGAGUGGCCAAGAAUGGGGGCAACCGCUGGUACGACAAACCCAUGCAGGUUAGAGAGCAAAACUAGUUAACAGUGUGACUUUAACAUUUGCCUCUUUUGCUUCUCCAAAUUCUUAGAUAUUGCUACAGAGUGAACUGCUAUUGAGAAAAAGUAGGAAAAAUAUUAAAUAUGUACCUAAAAAUAGAAGAAACUGAGGGGUGAAUGGUUGAAUAAUUGCAUUUAGUUUCAAGCAUUGUGUUAUUAGAAUGAGGUUUGAUGGAGAUGUUUAGUUUAAUUGUUUGUUUAUUUUAGUGAAUUAGAAAAUUUAUAUUUGCAUUUUAGAGAUUCAGGGGUCUAGUUUUUAAAUUAAGGGUUAUUAUAUAUGAAGGAAUUGAUGGUUGAAAUCUGCAGAAGUAUGCACAAGUACAGCAUAAAAUCGCAAAUGCAAAUAAAGUUGGAUAAUCCAGAAUUGCAGUUUGAUUUAACUGAUUAAAAUCCCACUGAAAAAAGUAUGACUGUCUUAGUUUGUUAUAGGAGCCGACGGCUGCUGUGGAGUAGUGUGUGAACAUUCACCGUUUGAGGGGAUUGUCCUUGUGCAGUGCACAGAGUAUCUACUCAAAUACAUGUAAGACAUGACAUGCAGAAUGUGUCUACGAUGUUUAUGAAAAUACGAGGAAGAAUAUCGGAGGUAAUGCAAGCUGGUUUAAUGUUCCCAUGAUGCAUCAGGAUUGGCAGCCCAUCAAAGCUGGUCAGAGCUGCGAGUGUGAGCGAUCUGCAUGCGCCACGCAGACUACGUUGGAAAUGCACUCCAGAGAUUCACAAACUACUCACUUCUUCUGCUGACAAGCUACAGAGGUCUGACGUUUAUCCUGUUACCUGUUCAAUCAAACAAAUAAUAAGAGGAGGUUUUCAUCAUGUCUCCUGGUUUUAUAUCUUGUAACUUUUUAAUUAGAAAAAAAGGGCCAUAAUUUUCUCACGGUCUUUAAUUUGGACUGAUAUUAAAACCUAAUACGCAGGCCUUUUUUUACAUAAAUGUCACCCAUAGGUGCUAUUUAAAUAAAGUUAUAAUUUGUUUUGAGUUGGAUUCUUAAAGCCGAUAGGGUUUACUGUUUUUACUUUUCAGACAGGUGAAAAAUCUGGACAUGAAUGUCCACAAAUUUUACGACUAUGGGAAAGAGUUCAUCAAGAAACAGAAAAUGAGUCCUGAUGCCUACAUGCAGGUUGCUCUUCAGCUGGCCUACUACAGGUAAGAAAAAGCUGAAUAUCACAGGACUCUCAUACGUCACAUUAGCUCCCGACUCUGAGCUACAUGAAUUUUCUUUUGUGUGUUGCUCCAGAUGUCACGGUAGACCUGUGUCGACCUAUGAGAGCGCUUCUAUAAGACGAUUUCAGGAGGGCAGGGUGGACAACAUCCGCUCGGCUACACCAGAAGCCCUGGCCUUUGUUAAAGCAAUGACUGAUGGGAAACAAAGUGCAAGUGUAAGAUACUGUACUGCGAAUAUGAAGUAUAAGAGUGUAUAUUUAGAGAGUAGAUUUGAAUAUCGCUAAUUCUGCAUCAGUCUAAAUUUGAUUUUGAGCUGUUUGUUUCUCCAGGACGCAGAAAAGAUGGAGAUGUUACGAGGAGCAAUAACCAGCCAGACAAAGUACACAAUUCUGGUAACUAUUCUCUACCCUUACCAUGGUUUCAAAUACAGUCAAUACUUAUCAAUUCCUAUCCAAGAAAAAACACAAGUGCGUUUUAUAUCCUUGCCAGGCUAUUACAGGGAUGGCAAUAGACAAUCACUUACUGGGACUACGAGAAGUGGCGCAGGAGCUUAAGAAGGAGAAGCCGGAGAUAUUUAGAGACGACGCCUAUCUCAUCAGUAAUCAGUUCAUCCUCUCAACAAGUCAGGUAAAGUCGCCUCAUUCCAAUAAACCGAAACAAACUGUAUAAAUCAAAAACAUAAAUAUGUCAUCGGGGAGUCCUUGGCUUCUGCUUAAGACUUUAAAUUUCUGACAACAAGGUUUUUACUACAAAUAGGGGGGAUUACUGCCUGAAGGGAGACAGCAUUUAAGAGCCUUUAAAUAUAAAUAUACUUGAUAAAGUGAUCAGUCAUCUAGUCCAUAAAAGAUUACAAAAAAAAAAUGCUGUACAGUAGUAAACCCCCCCCCCCCCCCCCCCAAAAAAAAAAAAAAAAGAAAUAUUUUUUUUUCUUGUAAAAUGGUUGUUGAUUAUUGCAUGGUUGUCCAUAAAUUUGAUCUUGAUUGCUGCAUUGUUAAAACUAUGCAGCUGUAAAUAAUAGACAGCUGACAUGCAUCAUCUAACUCUAAAAUUCAUAGAUGAUUGCAAAACCUGCAGGUGGGUUAUGUUAAUCAGGACUGCAGUUUAGGUUUGGUAGUUUAACUGAUUGCUUUAAGAUGUACACAGACAUCCACCUGUCUUGCUUCAGCAUUUCUACAAGAUCACUGCUAAACAUACUGAAACAAACUGAGUUUUUUAGGUCUGAAGAAUUUGCUCUUCCUACAGGUUCCCACGACUGUAGAGAUGUUCUGCUGCUACGGACCCGUGGUUCCAAACGGAUAUGGUGCAUGCUACAACCCUCAGUCAGACCAUAUUAUCUUCUGCGUGUCGAGUUUCCGUGACAGUCCGGAGACAAGUUCAGCAGAGUUCGUCAAGAGUUUAGUGCAAGGACUCUUGGACAUGAGGGAUCUGUGCAAUAAAUUUAACUCCAGCUCAGACUCUCCUGGGCAAAAGCAGGGUCAGGGGUUGGAGGUGAAGAUGCAAACGGACAAAAGCUGGCAAAUCAAAGUGCCGCAGAGAUCUACAGACCUGAGCAAUAAUCAGCAGGCACUGCCUCAGGUUGUGUUGAAAACACCGGCACAGACAGCAGUGGAUGCUCAAACCCAGACUUCAUCACAAGGACAAGCACAAACACUGAAAAAUGGAAGUAAACCGUAGAAAACUGUCUGUGCUUGUGACGUAAUUUAACAAUCACAUUAAAUGUGAAUUGUGUGAAUAUUUGUGCUAUACUCCAUAGCUGUGAUACAAAAUGGUAUGUCAAACUGUUUUGCUGUUACAUGUACUGUGAAAUAUAUCAAGUGAUGAUGAUAAUCUGAGCUAAAUAUUUUUAGUGAAUAUUGGAGGUGUGUGUUCAAAGUGUUUGUCAAAGAGGCUACAGCAUUUAGGUUCAAUUUAAAGCCAAAUUUGAUUCUUGUUGUUCUUAUGCACUAAUUUUAGACGAAUCAGCCAAAGAAAAUAGUACCCACAUUGUGUAGUAAGUAUUUGCAAUACGGUCAAGUUUGGGGGGAAACAGCAAACGAAUGAAGUGGAGACAAAUUCAACACACCCAAGAUCAAUUUAGCCUCGUUCAUGUCUGAAUCAUUUUGUCCAUAAAGCCUGUCAGUCAGUGUGACAGAUGAGAAAUAGUCUGUGAGUUAUGAUAAAUGGCUGAUUGUCUCACUAUAUGUCAAUGUGCAAACCGCAUGCUGCUGUCCAUUGAUUUUCCCGGAGAUUAUGGUAUACUGUCAAACUAGAAUCUUCUAUGCAAUAUCAUUUCUGCUGUCUUAAAUUGUUGUGUCAAACAUACAGUAUAUUUUAGAAAAUCUAUAGAUAUUUAGUUAACACUGUGUUGUAACUCGUCAUACUGUGCUUGUUAAGUAUCUGAAAAGAGCCAGGGUUUAAAAAGAACAGUGUUUAAUUUAUUGAAGAAUGUAAAGUCGUACCCGAGCUGUGUAAUUGUACAUUUACGAGCAGAAUAUAUCAGUUAAUUAAUUUAUUUUUUUAUGAUGUAAAAGAGUGUGAAUGUGAAUUAAGUAAGUUUAUGAAACUUACAAACCAGAGGUGAUCACUGUGUUAAAGUAUUGUAUUUAUGAAAAACUGUAGAGUACUAGAAGUAAAUCAGAUCUAAUUAAAUUAAAAGCUAUAUCAAUACAUGUUUGAGUUUUUCAAAAAGGAAUUAUGACUGUUUUGUGAGGAGUCAGUCUACACCUACAGGGUGUUAUUUACUUCCAUACGAUGCAGAGUUCAGGAGCUGUGGUGAGGAAUCAGAAUAUGUCUAUUUUUGUCUUAAGGAAAAGGCACAAUUAUUUCUUUCUCUCUUCAGUUAUCACUAACUGUGUCGCUUCAUUAAUUUAUUUGUCAAUAUCAGUCUUUCACAGGGACAAUAUAAUGAUUUUAAUUGGCUUGACCACUCUAAAUUUUAAGGAAAAUUACAAGUUUCUCCUCCUUUUAUCAAUUAUUUUCAACAGCUAAUUUUUAGAACAGAGAAAUAAGUGCUGUGUCUUUUUGUGUGUGAGUGAAAAAUUUGACCAAGUCCAUUAAAGCAAUGUUGUUUCAA